AACCCAAUAAAUGGCAACCGCCGGCCACACCGGCAGUCGAGCGAUUGCCAGUCCGCACUCGUGAAGAUCAAGAUGAACCGCGCGCUCUCGUUUGUGUGCUUGGGCUUGGCCUGCGUUGUCGGAGGCGUAUCUGGUGCCGCCCUAUACAAGGACGUUUCUGGAUGCUCGACUGCUGAAGCUGAGAAGUGCGGAUAUGACUUCGUCCCUUACUUCCUUAAGCCAAGCCUAGCCGACGAUGCCAAGAGCCUUGUAACGCAGUGCACGUUAUUCAAGAGACAACUGAAGUGCGGUGAAGACUUCGCCGUCAAGUGCCUGGACGGUCUCCCUAAGGGCGUCAUCUUGCUUAUGCUCAGGGCAGCCGUUGACGAGUAUGGGAUGUUCUGCAACACAACCAACCCAAAGCAUAAAGAGUACCUGGAUAGCAUCAAGUGCAUCAACAAGGCUGGUCCCGGAAUCCAGAAGUGCAUGAGCGACAUGUUUGUGGACUUGCACCGUGCUUCCAAGGCCCCAGACCGUCAGCAGAUUCCCUACUCUUGCUGCUAUUACCACGACUUCGUGGAGUGCGCCGAGGUUGCCCUGAACAGAGGCUGCAAGCUGCCGACGGCCAAGAAGUUCUUCGACGACAUCAUCGAGCACGUGUUCGGCGAGGUGCUUAGCCUGGCCUGCAACAAGUACAAGAAGGGCACGGGAGCCUGCGAGGCGCUGGCCAGCUUGCCCACCAAGGAUGACGCGAAGGCUCGCGACAAGGGAUUCAUCGAACCACUGGCCGUCAUCGCCAGCAAGCUCGGCUAGUGCGCGUCGCUCUGUAGUUAUGUAAUGGUUAUAUACGUUCGUACACCACGCGGGUAACGGUGUGUCAUGCUGGUAUGUUGCCAUAAGAGGUACAAUAGCGGUUGUUAUGGCGUUCAGCACGUGAGCCGGCGUUUCGGCGUUGUAUAGGGGCUCAGUGUUGUAUAGGAGCUCAGAUAACCGACUAUCUCUCUCCGAAUGGAAUCGAAAUAGUGCGUUGCCUCAUUGUUAACUAAUUGCGCAAGUGCAAAAGGGCGAAACGUGCUCAUGCAUUAAAAAAAAAAACGAAACUGCGUUUGAACUUUCUUUAUGUUCCUUCUUGCGUGUUCUCCUUUUGCUUACUUGCCCAAUUAGUUAAGAAUCGAUAAAAUGAACCAACUAGCCAGUCAAGAUGUUCUAUUACGCUAGGCUUCUACGCAGUUCCUGUUCGUUUGGUACUUGGUAGUGUUAGGGAGUGUGUUAUAAAACACACACAAGAUGAUACCGGCAUAGUUCAGUGUAGAAUGGCUAGUUCUCAUUAGCAUAGAAGGUGGCAUUAGCGACCAUUAUCAGUCUCUCUAACGCGAAGCUACGGACAGAAAAAAAAGAGAAAAUGAAAUGGAAGUGAGAAGGAGAGAGAAUUAAAUUUUUAUUUUCGUUAAAGGUAAUCCGAGUCAGGACCCGGCUCACCCUAGGUGAGAGGAUUCCUUAUUCCAGGAACCCUCUGGGACUUGGGCUCGGUUAACCGAAAAAAAAAGAAUAAAAUCAGCAUUUUUUGCAUACCGCUACGACAGCCCUCUCGAUGGUUGAUUUACAGAAGUGUUUCUGACAUGCGAACGUGCGCGGGCAGACUUCCCAUAAGAAAGUGCUAUCACGGCGUUUUCAGCGGAGAGGGUACGGCGACAAGACACCGCGAAGCCCGAUGACCCGCCGUGAAAGGGCCCCGGCAUGGCGAUUGCAGCUCGAAACUUCGCCAACGCCACCUCUCGGAUUCCGUGUAAACUGUGAUGUUGCGCAAGUGAUAGAGACGAUUUAGCUGGUUGUCUGAGAGGUGGCGCUGUGAGGUAAGGAGAGCUCGCGAAAGGGACCUUGAAGCUGAAAGUAGGCGCGGAGCACUUUCCUUCGGGAGGUUUGUUUCUUGUCGGGGCUUCGCUUGGCCUCAAUGUUGUGCUCUUCAUAAUUCAUCCGAACUAAAGGCAUGUGGACAUUGUUCCGAACCUUGUAUACAUGUCGGUAGUCCGUCUCUUGGUUGCAGCUUAAUACAAGACUUGUGUUGUCUGUAUUGUUGAAAGAAGCCAGUUAGUCCUAAAUCGGCCAUUUGUGCAAUCUUAUGCUCAAUUUACCUGUGAAAGGAAAAACAUUUAUUUGCUUGUUGAACAAAGACUAAAAACAUUCGCCGCUCUACGUUUAUAAAAAGAAACACAGUGGACAAAGUUUAAUCCGUUAAAGCAACGAAAUAGGCUUGCGAAGAAAGCUCUUCGUAAGAGUCAGAUAGCUGGCACACGCAGUCGUAAAAUGAAAGGGAAUCGCAGCGUUUUCGCAGUAAUUGACAGCAGACGCCAUGGUUGCUACCUAUCGAUAGCAUAUUAACUUACUUGCCGAGAAAUCUGAGAAUAGGAAUGCGUAGUUGUGUCGUGUCCAGGAAUGCGUUGUUGAGACGAGCAGCCAUGUAUGCAUUGUGUGAUGUAUGUACAUAAGUGUGAUCAUCAUGAACGUGUUCAUCUCUGAGAGCGCUGUGUUUGAGAAUAUGCGUGAAAUAAAAUGUCGCAUCGUCAACA